CCCGCAGCCUCCCAGAGCUUGCUGGGAGUUGCGGGCCGCUGGGUGUGGAACGGCUACCGCCUGGGGGGCAGAUCGCUCGUCACCCACUUUGGACCCGGCUUCUGUUCUUGGGUGUCGACACCCAAGCUCUGCCCCACCUGGGCUCUGCCCCUGAGCUAUGCCGGAGUGUGACUUCUGACUUCAUGCUGUUGGGACCUUACCCUAUCCGACGCCGCCCGGAGCGGAUCUCGGGGCCUCGGAGCCGGCAUGCGCGGGAAGCUGCUGCCUCUGUUCAGCCUGUACCUGGUGCAGGGCUUGCCCUAUGGACUCCAGUCCGGGCUGCUGCCCACACUGCUGCGGGCACGCGGGCUCUCCCUGACGCGGGUGGGACUGGCCAAGGCACUGUAUGCCCCAUGGCUGUUCAAGCUGGCGUGGGCCCCACUGGUGGGAGCGCGGGGUUCCGCGCGGGCCUGGCUGGCGCGCAGCACGGCAGCCCUGGGCCUGGUGUGCGGGCUAUUAGCCGCACUGCCUCCCUCUGAAAGCGGCCAGGCCGGGUUGCCCGCCGCUGCGGUGGGGCUGCUGUUCUUGCUGAACCUUUGUGCGGCUGUGCAGGACGUGGCUCUGGACACGCUGGCCGUGCAGCUGCUAGAACCCGCCGAGCUGGGGCCUGGCAGCACCAUGCAGGUUGUGGCUUAUAAGCUGGGGGCAGCACUGGCAGGGGGCGGGCUGCUGGCCCUCCUGCCCACUCUCUCGUGGCCAGGGCUCUUUCUGCUCCUAGCUGCCGCCUACUGGCUGGCUGCAGCCUUGGCCUGGACUGCGCGGGUCCUGGGCCAGCUUCCAGGUCCUGGGCCCUCAGAGUACCCCUAUUACACCCUGCGUCUUCUGCAGGAUAUGGUGACCGUGCCAGGGACCCUGUGGACAGCAGGCUUCGUGCUCACCUACAAGUUAGGUGAGCAGGGUGCCAGCAGCCUGUUUCCUCUCCUCCUGCUGGACCAUGGUGCUUCUGCUGCCGAGCUGGGGCUGUGGAAUGGCGUGGGUGCUGUGGCCUGCUCCAUUGCUGGCUCUUUCCUGGCUGGUGUCCUGCUGACCAGGCACUGGAAGCCAUUACCCUUGCUGGGGUCAGUGCUGCGGCUCUGCCUUGGAGCCCUGGCCUGCCAGACUGCCCUACUCUUCCACCUGGACACCCCAGGGGCCAGCUUGUGCUGUAGCACUGCUUUGAGAGGAGCAGCCUUGCUGAGCCUGUGCCUACAACACUUCCUGGGGGGCCUGGUCACCACGACCACUUUCACUGUGAUGAUGCACUGCAGCCAGCUGGCACCCAGUGCCCUGCAGGCCACACACUACAGCCUCUUGGCCACGCUGGAGCUGCUGGGGAAGCUGCUGUUGGGCACUGUGGCUGGAGCCCUGGUUGACACCCUGGGGCUACGUCCUUGCUUCUUCCUCCUCCUCACUCUCUCAACCCUGCCCAUCCUGGGCCUGGGCCUGGCACCCAGCACCCUGGCCUGAGGGUGGUCAAUAAAACCGAGUGUCCCUGUGGC